AUCCAGAUCUUCAGUAUCCAGGAAAAACAACGCCGAGGUCUCACUAGCAGGCGAUGCUUCCUCUAUGUGAAUCCUGUGUGGCUGACUCAAACAUUUCAAAGUUGGACCGGAAAUUCAGGAGAAAAAAAAUGAGGCGGAACAUAGACAUGGCGAUAAUACCAGACGUCGAGUGAUCUUGUUUCUGAACGUGGAUUCUCUCCAACUGGGACGCGCUCGACUAUAUACAGAAGAGUGAUUCCGGUUUCUUGUUCAACAUCUAAUCGUGCAAAGGAGAAGAUCGAGGUGGAGGGAGAAGGAAGGCCAAGAUGGGGACGUUGGGAGCAAUUCUGAAGCACCCAGAGGAUUUCCCGGUGCUCGUGAAGAUGAUGAUGGCGUCGAGCCGCGCCGAGAAACAGAUCCCUCCCCAGCCGCAUUGGGCAUUCUGCUACACAAUGCUCACAAAGGUGUCUCGAAGCUUCGCUCUUGUCAUCCAGCAACUGGGCAAGGAACUCCGAGACGCGGUUUGCAUUUUUUACUUGGUUCUUCGUGCACUUGACACUGUUGAGGAUGACACAAGCAUACCUUCUGAUGUGAAAGUACCAAUUCUGAAAUCUUUUCACAGUCACAUAUAUGAUACCUCUUGGCAUUUUGCAUGUGGAACUAAGCACUACAAAGUCCUCAUGGAUCAAUUUCACCAUGUUUCAACGGCCUUCUUGGAGCUUGGGAAAAGUUAUCAAGAGGCAAUUGAAGAUAUUACCAAAAGAAUGGGUGCAGGCAUGGCAAAAUUCAUUUGCGUGGAGGUUGAGACAAUCAGUGAUUAUGAUGAAUAUUGCUAUUACGUUGCUGGACUAGUUGGGUUGGGGCUAUCCAAGCUUUUCCAUGCUUCUCGUUUGGAAGACUUGGCUCCUGAUGAUCUGUCAAACUCUAUGGGGUUGUUCCUUCAGAAAACAAACAUUAUAAGAGACUACUUGGAGGACAUUAAUGAAAUACCAAAGUCGCGCAUGUUCUGGCCUCGUGAAAUCUGGAAUAAAUAUGUAGAUAAACUUGAGGAUUUGAAGUAUGAGGAGAACUCAGUGGUAGCAGUGAAAUGCUUGAAUGAGAUGGUGACAAAUGCGCUUACUCAUAUGGAAGACUGCUUAAGAUACAUGUCUGCUUUGAAUGAUCCUAACAUCUUCCGCUUUUGUGCUAUUCCUCAGAUCAUGGCUAUUGGGACAUUAGCUUUAUGUUACAACAAUAUUCAAGUUUUCCGAGGAGUCGUGAAAAUGAGACGUGGUUUAGUAGCUAAGGUGGUUGACCAGACUAAGACAAUGAGUGACGUAUAUGGUGCUUUUUUUGACUUUUCUUCCCUCUUACAGUCAAAGGUCGACAAGAGUGAUCCCAAUGCUUCACAGACUAUAGAAUUAACAGAAAAGGUGCAGAAUGUCUGCAGGGCAUCUGGUUUACUGAGAGAAAGACGUGUCUAUGCAGAAGAGCAGCAAUCAAGGCAAACAGCACUUUUUAUGAUGGUGAUGAUAAUGCUGUUUUCCAUAUUGGUUGCAUAUCUGUACUCCAAAUGAUGAUCCCCUCUGGUGGGUUGGUUGUGCAUUAUGGACUGGUCCUAUUUUAUAUGCAGUUGUAUCAUGACAUGAAGAUAAUGAAUUUCUUCACGAUGGAUUUGUACCAAAGUUCGUGUAACAAGGCCUAAGAUAAGUUUUUGUUCCCAAACAUGUAACAAGGUCAUGUUCCCAAAGUAGCUGUUGUGCUGCAUGUAUGGUUUAUUAACAUCAUAAACGAUAUCAAGGAAUCACAAAAUCUACUACAGAAACUA